AUGAGGACGGUUUUCGGCCACUCAUCGCCGUCACCGAGGAAGAAAUCGAACAAUCAAUCGAAGAGGAAAUGGAACAAGCAAGAGAAAGAUAUCUAUCAUCAUGCCAUCACGAACAAUGUUCGCCGAGCGAUUGAGCGGAAUCAGAAGCCUCUCGUUGAUCAGAAAGAUGCAUCAGCUCAUCGCCUUCACGUUCAAAAUGAAAAGACGCUCGAGUUGCAUGGACCUGUUCAUGUCCGAACAAUGCAAGAUGUGUACAUGGCUACGCCAACGGAAGAAAUACAAAUUCGAAUGGCUUCCGCGAUUGUAUCUGGAGACAUCCACACCAAAAAAGUCGCCGAUUUUAUUGCAGAUGCUUAUGAAGAGGAUCCAGUCCUUUUGCACCAAACAUCUGAUGAUCGGUAUGAGGAUAGCCGCCUGUACGCCUUCAUCCAUAAGAAAGCCGUUGUUUUUGAGCGAACCUUUACACUGAAGAAAGGACUUGGCGGAGAAUGUUAUUCGUUGGACACUCGUCGAGCACAUCGACAUUUAUGUAAUGGAUUCUUUGGGGAUAGUGGCGACAAGAUUGGUGUCACCGAACAUCAACAAACGAUCAAGACGGCUAAUUCGUUUCAAAAAGGGGAACGUCUCGUCGUGUUUUUCUCGGAAAACCCCGCAGACGUCGACCGUCUAUUGUCAGAUGAGGGAAUGUCACAGAAUCAAGAUGGGACUGUUAAACAACUUAAAUGGCAACGCAUUCCUCAAAACGACCAGCCCGACCUUCACGAUAAAUUGACUAUUGCUGAAAGUGUGAUCGUAGGAAAAAACUUUGUGGACAUUUGUCGAACUUUGAAUGUGCCAAUCAAUGACGUGUGGUUGUCAAACAAAAUGGGCUCCAAGCUGGUUCACCGUCGCGCUUAUUCGGAGAAAAAUCCCCGAGAAACCCUUCACGACAACUCACAAGAGCUCAACAUUCUUGAUUACACAACGUCAUGUUGGGAUCAUUCGGCAAACAAGGAGCGAAUCAUCGACUGCCAAUCAUCUCCAUCUCGCUCUAAACCAGCUGCUACCGCCCAUUCGAUUGACUCAAGUCGCAAAAGAAGUAUUUCAUCACCUUCAUCAUCACGUGCAAGUGAUGAAAGUAAAUAUCACUUUGCUCUAUCGCGCAUCUCAUGCUCACCCUUAGAAUCAGAUCAAGGAGGCGUUCAAUCCUUGGUUGACUCAGCGACAAGCAAAGAAACAGCCCCCGAGUUGCAAAUUGUGCGCGUGUCUAUGAUGCAAAAUGAUCCCUCAGUCGUCGAUGCAACUUUUGAGAGCGCUCAUACCAAGGAAUCACUCGACAUGCAUCUUUCGACAACUGCAUUUUUUCGCACUCCUUCUGCACUUUUCUUUAGCUCUCCCGUUUUGCAAGCGACGUGCCAUGAACCCUCUUGCCAACCCCAUCAACUCCAUAGCACAGAGCCUGAAUCUGGGUGUGAUGCCUCUUCAGCUACUGCAACGACGAAACAACAAGUGCCUACUCGAUUCUUGGACUUCUCCACUACGCCUGAACUAAGUGGUAACGGCCUGCCUGAUUCAAGCUCAAAUUCUUCAACGAAUGCCCCUCGCUUUGAACAGCUCUCUUCGAGUUCUUUAGGACUCUCAAAUCUCAUUUUGGACAACGUGAGCAACCUUCCACUUCAUUCGACUCCAGUCUCGGGUUAUGAUGCUCCAAAUCUGGAGAGUGCACUCCGUCGUCACUCAAACCCUCCAGCACCAAAUGGACAAUCAACUCAACCGCAGCAACUAUCGCCCAUCCAAUCGCCAACCGAGCAACCCGGACCAAACAUCGUCUCCGAGAAUAACCUCAGCGAUGGUAUUCAUGCACCUUCAACGGGAACAAAAGUGAUGAACAAGUCGUCAGAAGUGGUUCCACCGGAUAAUUGGUCAAAGGAUACAAGCAACAUUUUUGUGGAGCCAAAUUCAAAACGUCCUCAGAUUGCUCAGCCAUUAGUUGGCCCCAAGGAGACAAUUGAAAAAAUGGUCGAAGAAGCAGUCCAGAACAAAGAGCCUCUGCCAACAAUGCUACCUAUCUCUACUCAAAUUGAAGUGGCUCCACUGGAGAAUCAAAUAAUCCAUACGGGCCACGUUACUCCGAAACGUUCCGAAUGGAUUGAGAAAAUCACAUCGGUAACAAUGACGACAUUGAUAAAUGGUCAGGAAUGGGAAAUGAAAUCUCACUACUCUAUUCUUCAUCCCAAGAACACAUAUCCCGAGAUUUUCCCUCUUGCACUCAAAAUCGAUGACAAGACGUACUGGAAGCAGGAUGAGAAAGAGGUGGCAAAAAAGACCAACUAUGGGCCAGCUGAGACAUUGGAUAGCGCCUUCUUGCGACGCGGAUCAGAAGAUUGCAUUCCAUCACAAUUGCUGGUGAAUCCCGAACAGAUCGAGAUGGAGCUGGGAAAGCCUGUGUCGUUGGAAGUGAAGAAUGAUGAGGAGAAACCAAUUCUCGUACGCGUGAAGGGACCCGCCGAUACGAUUCAAAUUGUGCCUUCGGAGUUGGUUUUAAGUGGAAAGGCAUUGAGCGUGUUUAUGAUCACUUUCAACAAGGAAUCUCCAGCUGAGGGUGAAUUGGCGGUCGAAUGGAUUGGGGUGAAAGCCGGACAUCUCAAGGGAGAAUCGAUUUCAAAGAUGGUAACUCAAUGGAUCGAUGAGGAAAACGGAAUCAUCGCCAAGAAGCAAAUUCCAUUCAAGCUCCACAAAGAAGAA